AUGGUGGCGGUGCAGGAGGAAACAUUGAUGCCGAUUGUGCCUGGGGAGGGCCCGUUUGGGAUGAUCAUAUGCCCGUCGCGGGAGCUGGCCAAGCAGACAUAUGAUGUGAUUGAGCAGUUUCUCAUUCCACUUAAGGAGGCCGGGUACCUGGAGAUAAGGCCUUUGCUUUGCAUUGGGGGUGUGGAUAUGAGGACACAGCUUGAUGUGUUGAAGAAGGGCGUGCACAUUGUGGUGGCAACACCUGGUCGGCUCAAGGAUUUGCUUGCCAAGAAGAAGAUGAACCUUGACAACUGCAGGUACUUAACCUUAGAUGAAGCGGAUAGGCUGGUUGACCUAGGAUUUGAGGAUGACAUCAAGGAGGUUUUCGACCAUUUCAAGGAUCAAAGGCAGACCCUUCUUUUUUCUGCUACUAUGCCUCAGAAGAUUCAAAAUUUUGCGAAGAAUGCCCUUGUGAAACCAGUUACUGUCAAUGUGGGAAGAGCUGGGGCAGCAAAUCUAGAUGUCAUUCAAGAAGUCGAGUAUGUCAAGGAAGAUGCUAGAAUUAUAUACCUCCUUGAAUGCCUCCAGAAGACUCCACCUCCUGUUCUCAUUUUCUGUGAAAACAAAGCUGACGUCGACUACAUCCAUGAGUACCUUCUUCUAAAGGGAGUGGAGGCUGUUGCUAUCCAUGGAGGAAAAGAUCAAGAGGAGAGACAGAACGCAAUUGACUCCUUCAAAACUGGAAGGAAGGAUGUUCUGGUGGCUACUGAUGUUGGUGGCUACUGA